AUGGAACGAGUGGGCUUUGGUCGGAACAAAAACUUCAACGUGGUACAGUUUUGGGAACAAAGAGAGAUGUAAGCAGUUAUAUUGUUGGGAUUUUUCUAUAAUGUCUGUGCCCUUUUCAAUACAAAUUCUUGAGGCUAGGAAGCACAGAAUUAUGUGAACAACCUAAUAUUUGGAUCAAGCUAAAUGUGUGUUUUAGAGGUCUGAAGACGAUAGCACACGAUCGUCGACUAAUAGAUUAUCGUAUUAGGAGUUUGAAAAUGAGUGAAUUGGAGCUUAUUCGAUACCCAGAAGACCGUCAAUCCACCUCAUCGUCAAUGGCUUUUGAUCAAAGUGAAUAUAAAUUGUAAGAAAUGGCUUUUUUGGCCGAAUUUGGUUAAUUUUUUUGACAAGCCAAGGCGUUUAAUUAUCAACGUAUAAAUUAGUUGUGGGAUUUUAUAAACUAUAGACAAGACUUUACAAUUUCUCAACCUUCUCAAUCUUCAAGCUUACAGUUUGUUAUGUGGCGGCCGAACCGGCGAUAUUCGAAUAUUUGAUAUGGACGCGCCUGAGAAUCCGGAUACGGCGCACGCUUGGGAGCACACUUGUUAUAGUGCUCCGAAACAACAGUAAGUAUAAGAAGGAUGAUAAUUAGUACUAUUGGGCUGAGAAAUUGGCAUUUUUUACUACUUUGAACAUAAGAAUACUAAAUAGUACUGCUAUGGUCAAGAACACAGUAUUAUACUGACUUAUACAAUACUACUAUGGCCAAGAACACAGUGCUAUACUGACUUAUAUAGUAUGUACUAUUUUUACUAAAAUGAGAUAAAACCUACCAGCUUAGCUUAAAAACGAUUUAGAAGGCCCAAAAAAGUAAAAGAAAGUGUUUAAUAUAUAAUACUAUAGUGAAAUUUUAAUAUUAUGUUGUUGUAGAUGGCACCACGGCGCAAUAACCAAAGUCCAAUUCUACCCAAUCGACUCGGGUGUCUUCUGUACGACCGGUCGAGAUUGUAAAGUACGAUUAUACAAUUCGGAGACCUUCCAAGUGAUCGAUGAAAUCCAGUUGCCAGAACCAAUCAGGGAUGCGCAAUGGGGAAUGGCACAGAGUAAAGGCGGAAUUAUAGCCGUAUCUCUUGGCAGCCACUCGAUUCGACUGGUCGACCCAAGACUGCGGCACGAUAUUCAUCAUCUCAGGUGGCCUCAGGUCACCGUACAGUCGGUUCAGUUUGGAGAUACGUUCACUAGCCCAUACGUGUUCGGAGGAUCGGUUAAGGGACAUUGCGUGGUUUGGGAUAUAAGGUAAGGGAAAUAGCUAUAGUUUUAGGUAUUGAAGGGUAUUUAAGUAUGUAUGUAUGGAAGGCGUGGUACAAAAAUCCCGUUUUCCUUACGAAAAAUCUUUUAAUGAACUUUAAAUAAAAAAUAGACGAUUAUGUAUGAAAACUACUCUCUUACUUUGAUAUCUAUUUCAGAAACCCAGGCACAGUGAUGGAGAACUUAGUAGCACCGUACGAUAUCAUCAGAACUAAGAAACGAAAAGCUCAUACAACUGAAAUUCGAGCGAUCAGAGUGACAGAAUCCAAGAAAUACGUGGUGACAUUGAGUACUAGCAAACAUAUUCACAUAUGGGAUGCCAGGGACUUGACUUUCAUACAUUCACUUGAUGUAGGUUACCGUUAAGCUGUUGACAUUCUUAUUUUAAAGAAUAUUAGGUUGUUCAAAUAAUUCUGUGCUCCUUCUAAAAGCAAAUUUUUGGGAUUAGAGGGCAACAAUUUAAUAUUAUCAAAAGUAGUAGUCUAAUUUGGUACUUAGUACUAUAUAUAUAAUAUCACUAAGAAAAUAUGGUAAUCAGUUCAACUUUCCAAAUAGGGUACGGCAGGGUAGGGUAAGGCAGGGUAAUGUAGGGUAGGGUUGUAGGGUGGAGUAGGGUAAGCUGUUCUAGAGUAUGGCAUGGUAGGGUUGAUAAGUUGAAAAAAAACAUAAAACGUUUUCUCUAUGUACCCUACCUUGCCCUGCCUAUCCUACUCUAUAUUUGCCUAUCAUACGCUGCUUGAUCAUUGCCUAUAUUUUCCCUACCUUAAGACUUUAGUAAUACAAAAUUCAAAAUUAUAGUUAACUUGGACGCCAAGCGAAGACCUCCGCCAAAUCAUGGAAAUUGCCGAAGAAGGCCAGAACUUGUACGCAUUUGUGGGUAUGGGCGAGGAGCUGUUGGUGUGUAAUAUAACUCCAAAGAACGAUCGACGACCGAACAUUGUGAAGCUUUGGAGAAAACCGAAAAAAGAAGAGGAAGACACAAAGAAUGGCAUAAAACAAGGCGAGAAAGAUGAACAAGACAGUAAUUAUGACCCCAGUUAUGAUGACAAAAGUAAUGUGGCCCAAAAGGACGGUACUAUGGCUCAAAAUACGACAGAGGCUACUGUAAAUCGACGAAGAAUCCUACCGAGAGCUUGUCGCAAGUUUAAUACGGAAAAAGAGUACGGUAAUCAGGACGUGAAGAGGCUAACUGGUCAUUUCCAUAACAUUAUGUCAAUCGCCUAUCAAAAACAUCGACAGAGGGUGGUGACUUCGGGUGCUGAUGGUCAUACUCAUCUAUGGGUACCGGCUAUGGACGAAACUUUGUCUGAUGAACGAGCGAGCAGUAUGGCCAGGUUGUACGAAGAUGACCUUAGUGAUGACGAUGAUUAG